AUGAACGAACUUCUCACAUCUUCUGCGAGAAGAAGUUCAUCAUCCCGAAUUAUAAGGAUACCUAUGGAUAACAAUGAUCAAUUUAGCUUAAAACUACUGAACAAGAAAUUGUUGGAAACACAUGAAAUAAAGAUAGCAACCAGGAAAAAAUUACUAGAAGUCUAUGAUGCUUUGGGAGAUCCUAAUAUCAGAUCGAGUUUGGAUCAUUCAUAUUAUGAUGCUCUAAUCGAGCAAACAUCAAACUUGAAUCUGACCCUAAUUCCAGAAGAUUAUCCAAAAAUAUUUAGGAGAUUAAUAUGUUUUCCUAACGUAGCAUCAGAGUAUGUUCAAGUGCUAAAUGGAAGAAUUCAAGAACUACAUACUCAUUUUACAACCAAACAAAUUUCUUCAUUGCUGAGAUCGUAUGUUUUUAUAAAGUCCAGACCCGUAAAAACAGUUCAUUAUCUAGUAGAAACAUUUUGCAAUAAAUUUGAUACUGCAAAAACAUCGCAUAUUAGAGAUAUGAUAUCCUCAUUGGCAACGCUCAGAAUUCCAAAUCAGGGUAUAGUAGAAAAACUUCAUAAUAUUGUUGUGCCAAUUCUGCCCAAACGUUUCAAGCAAAUGGACCCUAGUGAUAUUGCAAUUUUUGUAAAUUCGUUCGUACGCCAAGGAGUUAAUCAGAACGAAAUCAUACAUUUUAUCGAGAUGAAUAGUGAUAAAAUAGUUUCAGAUGCAUCUCCAAAGAGUAUUGCAUUGAUUAUAAAUGCAUUUGCUAAAAAUAACAAAUCUUCCAAUAAUCUUCUGCUAAAAAUAUCGAAAAAACUCUCUGGUAUUAUGGAUAAAAUUAUUAACGUUGAACAAAAUGAUCUUUGUCAUGAAAAGAAAAUAAAUGUGAUAGAUGUUGCCAUGAGUUUUAAUGCUUUUGUCAAACUGGAAUUCUUUGAUGAAAAACUGCUUAACAAAUAUAUUCCAUGGCUCAUAAAGGAAUUAAAUUUGGAUACAUCGAUUUUGUCAUUGGUAUUGAUAUCUCAUGCGUAUUCACAAUGCGACGUUAAGUCUAAGGAACUUUUUUCCAGAAUUGCAUGCUUAUCUAUACCAAAAUUGAGCAAAUUCAACUGCCAACAACUAGGUGUUAUAGCCUUAUCUUUUACAAGGGUUGGAUAUGUUCCAAGGUUGUUCUUUUGUAGGAUAGCUGAUGAAAUAAUCUAUCGUGGAACUAUAGGGCUUAAUCAUAAAAGGUAUUUAUUUGAUUUCCAAUCUUUGGAGCAGCUUAUGCAGGCGUUUAGUAGGAUAGGAUUCAAAGAUCAAAGGAUUUAUGCUACACUAACUACAUUGCUGAAACAGCGCUUUAAGGAAACAAAUGGUGAAGAACUUAAUGGGACAAUUGUUGCAUCAUUAAUUACUUCGAUUUCCUAUAAUAAAGUGGACCAAUUUGUGCCAUUUAUAAUAAAUGCUAUUGAAAAAAUUAAAUCGUCCAGUGCAUAUAGCACUGUGGCAAUAGCAAAAAUCCUUAGUGCAUUUAACAAACUAAAAAUUAAAAAUCGUCCAUUGGUAGAACUGUUUUUACAAGAGACACGUGAUCGUGUGAAUCAAUUUUCACCGUCCUCCCUUAUUUCAUCAGUAAAUUCACUAUCACAACUAAAGUGUUAUGACUCACUAUUGAUAAAAGAAACCAUAAAAAGAGUCACUCUACAUUUAGCACAACUUUCCACAUAUGAUAUUUCUAAUGUGAUUUCAGCCCUAGCAAACUUUGGAUAUAGAAAUGUUUCAUUUAUAAAAAAAAUAUCGGUUUGUAUAAAUUACAGAAUUGAUGAGUUUUCUAAACAACAACUGAAUAAUAUAUUUAACAAGUUAACUAUACUUAGAACUUCUGAUCUCAAUCUGUUAUUAUUAUUGUUUGAUAAAAUUUCAAUAAAUCAGCAUGAAUUAAAUGGAAUCGACAUCGGUAAAGUUUGCAUGUCGUAUAUCUAUCUUCUUAUGCAUUUUGAUUGUUUGAACAAAGAGAUAAUAGAAGGUAAAUGUCCUAAUAUUUCACCAUAUGUUGUUCCUGAAACAUAUGAUGUAUUCCUAGACCGACUUAUUGGAAAUUUAAGCAGUAAAUUGGAUGUUUCCACCAUAUUCAUAAUGAAGACCAUAUAUUUGUACCUGACACACUUGAAGCCUGAAAAAUACUAUAAACUUUCAUCAAAAUCUAAGGAAUUAUUAAAAAAAUGUGAUAUUAUCACUUUUAACUUGGCGGAAUAUAUAUUAACGUCUUCUCCAGCACAUAGAGAAUUAUCACAUUUUCUAAAUUUGGCUGGAGUUUUACACAAAAAUGAAGUUCAAUGUGGUCCGUAUUUAAUCGACAUUGUACCGGAAGUUAAUCCAGGUAUCAAAGUUGCAAUAGAAUAUGACGGUCCAUCCCAUUUCUAUGCCGAAACAGUAAUGAGGAAUAUCAAGUCAAUCACUAAACACGAGAUAUUGGAGAGCAUGGGAUGGGAAGUCAUUCAUGUACCAUACCAAGAAUGGAUUCAACUAGGUUGUCAACUUCCUAAAUAUCAACAACUUUUAGUUUCCGAUAAACAGAAGAUUGUCUAUUGCAAUAAACUAAAGAUGGAAAUGCUCCAUCUUGCUCAACGACGUGAAAAGAGCAAUUCUACGAACUUCCACCAAAAGAGAAUGUACAGUACAAAUCGCAUUAGCACAAGAAAAAGGCUAAAAAGUAUUAAUUCUAAUGUCAUGAAACAGUACUUAGACGAUCUGGUUGUGAACGAGCUAGAAGAGAAUACACCUUCCGAAUCGACUACUGAUGAAAUAACAGAUGAAAUAUAUAGUAUUAUUAUAAAUUCGGAUGGUAAUAUUAUAGAUAUUGAUAUUCCUGAUGCAGAUAAAGAAUAA